AUGCUUUCUGGGGGGUCCCAUCACGGGUGGCACGAAGAAGUCCGGAACAUCAUCAAGCUCCAGCUCGAAGCCGGUGUUCCAGGCAAAGUCAUAGCCCAUUACAACAAAGUCUCAACGUCAUUUGUGUCUCAGAUGAAUGUAGAGCGGAAGAUGGGGCCAGAAUUACUCGAGGCGCGCCGAAGGAGCAGAGGCCCCAGAGCCAAAAUAUCGCCAGCAGCAAAUGCGGCUUUGGCAAGGAUUUUGGAGGAGGACCCGAACGCUCUUAGGAGUGAGGCUGUCGAGCUUUAA